AUGUCAUCGUUUGGUGUUUUAGUUGAAGACAUCGGCACGCAAUCGUUUCGAAAGCGUGUCGCCAGCGAGCUAUCUAACACACCUGGGGGACCAGAAGCCGUGAAUGUGUGGCUCCGAGCCGGUUGGACGCUUGGAAGUGUCCAAGGUCGAUGCAUUUUUGCCGGUUCAGAUGGCGACCAGUUCGUUGGACGUGGAGCAGCAGGGCACAAUGUGAACGACGUUGAGUUUUCUUGCCUCCCUCCGCACUUCAAGGAUGUUGGGCUGAGCAAGGAGCAGUGGGAAGCUGCUCAGCCCACGUUUUACCCUAGCUCGUUUCGCCAAAUUACUCCGUUCUUGGUGGCAUCGCUCUCGCACCACUACAUUUGGCUGCAACACAAUUUGGGCAAACACCAUCCGCUGUUUUUGGCCCCCAUUUGGACUGACCAGCUACGCGCAUCGACAGACUCCUCGUAUACCACGACAGAUUUGGAGUCCUUCCGCGACUCCGUUUUGUCUGAAAUCCGCUAUUUCAUUGGGGCGUCCAAGUGCCCAGACCCCCAGCCUGUGUCAACGGCGUCGUGA